AUGACCCACGACAAGUUACCCUUAGAACCAUUGUUCGACAAGAUCGAGGAGUUGAAGCCUCGCUUCAUUGAUAGAUUAACCCGGGCUGUUGCCAUCAAGUCUGUUUCUGCGGACGAAACCUUGAGACCAGAGGUGGCCAAAAUGGCCGAUUUUUUGGUGGAUGAGUUGACAGCAUUGGGCUUUGUCGACAUCCAAAAGAAGGACUUGGGUAUCCAACCACCCCCAGUGAACGACCCCAAGUUGCCAUUGCCACCGGUGGUGUUGGCACGGAGUGGUGCUGAUUCCUCCAAGAAGACGGUGCUUAUUUAUGGCCACUACGACGUACAACCAGCGUUGAUCGAGGACGGGUGGAACACUGACCCGUUUGUGUUGACCCACGAUACCGUCAAGGACAUUUUGUACGGCCGUGGUUCCACCGACGACAAGGGCCCGGUGAUGGGCUGGCUUAACGUGAUCGAAGCCCACCGCCAGUUGGGAUGGGAGUUGCCUGUCAACAUCGUGUGCUGCUUCGAGGGAAUGGAGGAGAGUGGCUCCGUGGGGUUGCCUGAGUUGAUUGCCCAGGAGGCCAAGAAGUAUUUUUCUACUGUCGAUGCCACCUGCAUUUCUGACAAUUAUUGGUUGGGCACCAGAAAACCAGUGUUGACGUAUGGUUUGCGGGGGGUUCAUUACUACGAAAUCGUUGUCCUGGGUCCGGCGGCCGACUUGCACUCGGGGAUCUUUGGAGGAAUGGUGGGAGAGCCUAUGACCGACUUGGUGAAGGUAAUGGGCCUGUUGGUGGAUUCGCAAGGACGCAUCCAAAUCCCCGGCAUCGCCGAGAUGGUGGCCCCCUUGACCGACGAGGAAGACAAGUUAUAUGAUCCAAUCGACUACCUGAUCGACGACUUGAACGACGCCACGGGAGCCAAGAUCUCGUUGCACGACAACAAGAAAGAUGCUUUGAAGCACAGAUGGAGAUACCCAUCCUUGUCGUUACACGGGAUCGAAGGGGGGUUCUCUGCUCCGGGAGCCAAGACCGUCAUCCCUGCGCGUGUGUCGGGUAAGUUCUCGAUCAGAACGGUGCCAAACAUCGAGCCUCGUAAGUUGGACCAGUUGGUGGUUGACUUUUGUAACGAACAGUUUGCCAAGUUGGGUUCUGUUAAUACCUUGAAGGCCCAGUUGAUCCACGACGGGAACUACUGGGUGUCCAACCCAUUCAAUGAUAAUUUCACGGCAGCAGCCAAGGCUACUGUCGAUGUGUGGAACAUUGAGCCGGACUUCACUCGAGAAGGAGGCUCGAUUCCCAUCACCUUGUCGUUCGAACAAGAGCUCGGAAAGGACGUCUUGUUGUUGCCCAUGGGACGGGGAGAUGACGGGGCCCAUUCGAUCAAUGAGAAGUUGGAUAUGUCCAAUUACAUUAAUGGGUGCAAGACCUUGGGAGCCUAUUUGCACUACUAUGCCAAACAAUGA